ACGAGAUGAUUAGAUGGAUUGAUUUCAUCAUCACUCGCAAUCGAAUAAGAUGCGUGUGAUACGUGAGGGACUGUGUGUAGUCACGUUUCCAUAGCAACGCCAACUUGUGAAGGUCGUGUCCAGUGAAUCCAACUAGUCGGUGUGUGUGUGUGUCUUCGUGUGUGUCUCUGUUGGCAAAAGAAACAUUUGCCUCCAUCAUCUGAAAAGGAAUAGAAAACAAAAUCAAAGGAUGUUAACAAAUCGCCAUCAAUGCAGUGACGGUUGAAAUCAUUUGUUUCUUCGACGCAUUGUUCCAAACGAAAAUCGGAAAAAGAUGAAUCCAAUCAGCCGAAUAAGCGCGCCAAGGCCGUCUAGGGCCUCGAUGGAAGGCGUUUCGCCGUUGAUGUACAGCUGUCAACAAGGCGAUACCCAACAAAUUCGCCAUCUUAUCCAGCGCAAGCCAAUGUGCGUGAAGGAGAGCGAUCGGACGGGCAAAACAGCGUUGCAUUAUUGCGCGGAAAACACGUCAGUCGAUGCUGCCCAGUUAUUACUGAAAGCCAAUCCAGCUCUCAUCAAUCAGCCGGACGAGGAAGGAUACACUCCGCUGCAUUUGGCCGUCAUCGCUGGAAAUCGCAUCAUGUUGCGCUAUUUACUGGACCACGGAGCCGAAGUCAACCUGCUGGACAACGAACGCCAUUCCGUCGUUCACUGGGCGACCGUUUGCGGCGAAUUGGAAGCGCUGGACGUUGUGCUGGACGCUGGAGCCGAGGCGUCUGUGGAGGACAUCCACGGUGCCUAUCCGAUCCACUACGCUGCGCAAAUGUGCGGCAGCAGCAAGAAGAUGAUGGGCAGCGCGGGCGGCCCUUUGGGUGGGCCGGGCAGCAGCCAAAGGUACACGGGCCUCUCUGCUCUGAAGAAACUCAUCAACCAUGGCGUGCCAGUGGACGUUAUCGAUCGUGACGGACGCCAACCUCUUCUCUGGGCCGCUAGUUCCGGUAGCGCCGAUGCCAUUUUAGCCUUGUCCAAUGCAGGAGCUUCUGUUAUGGCCGCCGAUAAGGACGGACUUACCGCUCUGCACUGUGCGGCCAGUCGGGGACACAGCGACUGUCUGGAGACCCUAGUGGCCCUUUGCGGUGCUGAAGUCGACCUGGUCGACGCCAACGGAUGCACCGCCCUCUUCUACGCCGUCACUCUGGGACACGCCGAUUGCGCACAACUUUUACUCGACUGCGGCGCCAAUCCCAAUCAUCAGGACAAAAAAGGCAGAACGCCGGCUUAUUGCGGAGCUACCAAAGGACAGACGGAAACAUUGCGGCUGCUUGUCCAGCAUCAAGCCGAUUUGUGGAUACGCAGCACGAAGGGGGACGUCCCUCUGCACGAAGCUGUGGCCUGCGGCCGUAAAGAUCUCGUCCUUUGGAUCUUGCGCCAAUGGCAACAGCAGCAAUUUGGGGAUCAAUCGGCGUGCGGGAGCAGCUCGGUGGCCAGCGGGAUGGCCAUGAGCGGCGCUCACGUGGUCAAUAACGACGGCCGAAGUCCAUUGCACAUUGCGGCCAUCAACAACAACGUCGAAAUGUGCAAGAUAUUGAUCGAUCACGGAGCGGAAAUCAAUUGCAUCAUGCGCACAGCCCGCGGUCAAUUGAUUACGCCGUUGGAUGCCGCCCUGCGUCGCGGCAAUCGCGGCUGCGCCAAAUUCCUCCAACUGCACGGCGGACUGGCCGCCGCCAAACUCACUGACAGUCGGGCACUGCAACGGGCCCUCAGCCAGGCGUACACAGAGAAUCAGAGGCGAGUGUCUGUUUUGGUUCAUAAUCACGCCGAGAUGAUGGACUAUCCGACCGAUAGCCAAUUGUCCGGUAGAUCUUCGAUGGUUCACCUGCCACAUUUGACUGGUCCUAAGAGCCGGACAGUGAGUCGAUUGGAAGAUAGUGCCACUCAAACCCAAGUGGAAGAAUCUUUUUUCAGCGAAAAUCGAGAUGGAGCAGAGGUCCAGCUGUCGAGUGCUGAUAUGAGACUGGGAGAAACGGAGAGUGGAUUGCGUCGCAGAAGGAUCAGACGUCGUGCACAACAAAGACGAUCGCUGACGGACCCUCGGCCGCCACCCAACGAUGAAGAACUCAGAUGGAAAUCUCGUCAGCGUUACUCGGAUGAUUCCGGAUCGGAAAGUGACGAUGAACAACAUCUGACGCGAUAUCAUCCACAACAGAGACCCAAUUUAUCGCAGUACGUGUCCGAUGGUGGCGCCCCCGGUACAGGCGCCAGUGGGGCCGAUGGAAGCGGACGAGAUAAAGGCAGCAGCGGAUUGAACAACAUCGACACUGUCCAUUUAGAGCCCAUAGUCAAAUUGAAUGAAAUCGUCAGCGAUUUGGCCGUCCGAUCGCAGUCCAUCAUGUCCAACGUUGGGACGGAAAGCUCCGGCCAAAAGGAUUCCGGUUUCAGUGACUUACUCGGCCGUUCGGAAGAAGAUACCAAGACAUCGGCCGUUGUCAGACGGACAGAUUCGGCAACGAUGCUGGACCACAUCCGCAUGUCCCCACCUCCUCUGUGCGAAGACAACGAUGUGAAUCAGAGCAACAACUUGAAUCAAACGAAUUCGAACCGGUCGUCGGGUAGUUUGAAUAAUCAAACGACGAUCCAUUCCCCGUUGAUGGAUGAAAUCGAGUCGAGUAGGAAACGGACGUUUCUUCUCUUGAGACGGACCAAAUCCGAACGCCAUGCAGAAAAUGAUGGAUCAUCUCCCAAUCCACCGGCAACAUCAAACGCCAACGAACGUGUCAAGUACAAAGCGGAAAUUCCGAUCUCAGUCGUCCGCGCAGCCCAAGCCAAAACACGAAGGUACAAUUUGGAGAGGAAAAUCUUCCAACAAUUGCUGGAUUUGAAGCAAAUGCAAAUUCGCAUCGGACAGGCCAAUGAGCAAGUGUUUGCCAAACGGCUCAUUGAUGGAUUUAGGAAAGAUGCAGUUACUGUCGGAUUACGUCCUUACGAUGGAUCGUAUUCCUUUCAACAACUUGAAGUUUACCUUUACAAUCAGCUGAGAUUGGUGCAAGGUGGGCGAACAUUGUUGCCCCUAGUGGAUUCGCCAACAGAACGUGAAGAUGUCCAGCAAAAGCCGGGCAGUGGAGUUGCAAUGUACGGUGAAACGGGAUCAGAGUCUAUGACUGGAAGUAGGACGUUACCAGUUGAUAAAUGCACACACACUACACAACGGUGCAAUCACGCCAUGUACGCCUACACGACCUUGCCGCCCGCCUGCUAUACGGGUGUACCCUGCGCUGCUUUUAUUCCUUAUCACAAACAUCACAAGCCAGUCAAUCAGCAGCCAUUAUCUGGUAAUACGAGCAAUGGAACGGCCAAGUCGACGACUGAAAAUGGACGAAUCAUCCUGCCUAAAUUGAAUUUGAACAACAACAACCAAAAAAAUUUAAUUAAUAGCAAAAGCAGUAACUAAGUAAGGAAAGGAUACCGUUAAAUUUACAAGUAUUAAAAUUAUAAGAUCGUAUUAAUGUUAUACAGUAUUGUUAUUUUGUUGGCCGGCAGAGUCGUGAGAAUCCUACACUAUUGACAUUUGUUUACCUACU